UGCUGCCAAGGUGCUCUGGGUGGGACGCGGGGUUGCCAGGGACCCCCACGGGGAGAGAGGGGGGACGGGAAAGGCACGGUCCUGACUCCGUGUGUAAUUGGGGGAGUCACCAGGUUUGUUUGGAUUCCUGGGAGGGCUGCGUGAGCUAAUUCGGAAGAAAGCAAAUAAACAGAGUAUGAAAUCCACACCGGGAGAGAGCGUUCUUGUGCAGAGCGCCCGACUGCUGCCAGCAAACCUCGCUCCUCCAGCCGCCCGGGGCUGCAGAGCCCGUUGUGGGGCACAGCCCCUUCCCCGGCCUCCCUCUCCCUACCCAUGGGUCUCCCUCCCGCCAUCCCGCCCUCCCGGCGCCGUCCCCGGGCCAGCCUGCGCUGGAACGGGUGACGUCACCGUGUUUACACGGGGCUCGUGGCACGGUUCUGUGAUCAGGAAUGUGGAGAAUGGGGCCUGCGUUGAAUCAUGCGCGGUGCCGUCAGCUCCCUUGUGCUGCCUUUGAGCUGAGGAGAGAAUUGGCUGCGCUUGUGCUGAGUUCAGGCCUUUUGAGCUCUGGGGAAAUGUGUUGAGGCUGCAUUUUCUUCAUUGCAGUCAUCGCGUUUGGCACUUUUCAGUGUGAUCUUUCUUCAGGAAGCUAUCAGAAGCUGAGCAAUCAUCAGUCUGGAGAGUUAGGCCAAGUUUGGUCUCUGUACCAGUUCUCUGGGUGUCCUCUCUGUGAGCUGCCAAAAAGCCCCAUCUCUGAUCCUUUAAAUGGGACCCAAAAAAUAGCCAACAACUAAUCUCUGGGUUGUUCUUCCCACUCUGACUCGUGCGUUGCUGGGUCUCAUUUUGACCCCCUUGGGCCGGGGGACCUCGCAGGGUCCAGACGGUGCGAGCCCCGCUGCGGGUUGCCCGGCCUGCCCCAAGACGCUUUCCUCCCAGCACCCUGCCUGACGCCGCACGUUUGUUGCCUUGUUUGUUGUAUUUCAGCUCUGCUGUAAUGAAGGAAGCUUGAGCGCUUGCCAGGCAGCUGGAAAUUCUUUAGUGCCACAAGGCAAGCAAAUUUUGGUGGUCCCGCUGACCGUACCUGCCCUGGGCUGCGUGCGCUCGCCAGUGGAGGGGGCGGAGAGGUGCUGCGGGUGACAGUACUGGUCUCCCAGCUGUUCCCUUCCUUCUCCCCUUUCUCCAGCAGCCGUGUUCUUUGCCAAGUAGGAGCAGAGCAAAGAAAUACAACAGUACAGGAAAGUGCAAAAAAAACCCGGAUUUUAUGAAGCCGUUGCUUGUGUGCUGUCUGUCCUGCCUUAGCCUGCGUCUUUGCAGCUACCUGCCGCGGAUGGCAAAGUGACCCUUUCUGCACCAGCACGGUUGGGUUGUAGCGGACGUCUCGCGGGAAGCAUUGUCCUCUGGGUAUAAAUAGCCUGCCUGCUGGCGGGCUGGAGGCUUUAGGAACGUCUCCGCUGGUGUCCCAGGGAAUGCUGACCCCAUUCACCUCUAAUAAGUGGUAGAUGCAUUGCGGGCAGCCUGCGCCACAGCUGCUAGAAGAGCAUAAAUUCGUAUUUGCUGACUUGUGCAUCUGGUUCUCGGCUAUGACUGUACAUCAGUGCCUCUUACAUUGAGCAAAGCGGUAGCAAACAACAUUUUUGUUGACUGGCACCGAAGAGACAAAAGGUACAGAGGUGUUUGUAGACCGUGCUUGCACAGGAACGUUUGCCUCGCUUAAGGAGGCGUGGGGCUCCUGGCUGCUUGAGGCGCAGCUCUGCCCGUCAAGUAAUACCUGAGCGGAUUAAUUAAUUGGGCAGUGUAGUGGCACUCUGAACUAGAGCCUGAGGGGAGGAGAUAUGUGGGGACAGAACACGAGCUUGGGCAUGAUUCACUGUAAAAACGGGCGUGGGAAUUGCUCUUACCAGUUCUGAUGUCCUGUCUCCUGUGGCAGCAAAGGAGUUUGCCCUCCUCUGUUUUUGGCCACCCUUAAUCUUUGUUUUCUUAUGAGCAUACCUUCUUUCUGAAGAUAAGGGAGGGAGAAGGUGGGUCUGUGCCCUGGCAGUGCAGGGACCAAUAGGGACUUUCUCACAGAAGAGACCUACGUCUGGGGUCUGCUCUGCGCGACCGGGAGAGGUGAGGGCUGCUGAGGCAUCAGCCCAAAUUCGUGAUGGGGUUCCUGCGUGCCCCCAUACUUCCUCGUGCUUCAGUAUCAGGGUGUCCUUCUGCUCCUUGGGAAAGGUUGGGUGCAGAACUUUUGCCUUGAACCUGGGUGUGCUUCCUUUCCUGGGAAGCACAAAAGAUUUGGAGAGGCGCGAGUGCAGCAGUUCUCCCAUCCCGCAGGAUGCCCAGCGAGGGGUCUCACGGAGGCAAAGGCUCCCCCUGUGCUCCUCGCUCAGGGUCGCGUGUUCUUGAGCCGUACAGGUUUGGGUCCUGGGGGCACCUGGAGUCUGGUAGGACUCUUGUCCCGGGGAGUUUCUGGUCUGUGCUUGGGCACCUUGGGAAGGGCGCUUGGAGCGACGGGCUCUGCCUGGGAGUGACGGGGAUGAGGCUGGGAGCAGGAGGCGCAGGGAGCCGGUGUGCUGAGUCAGCAUGACUGGCCCUGAGCAGCCGUGCUCUGGACCCAGCCCGCUGCCUGCCAGGCUAUUUUUAAAAAUGUGGCUUCCGUGUAUUCUGACUCCUCCUAGUUUUUUAAUUUCUCCCACCCCAAGCAAAAAAAAAAAAAAGGCAAAACAGCAUUGUCACAAAGUCGCCGUGGGAGUAGGGGUGUGGAAGGGCAGCAGUUUCUGCUCGGGGACGGAAUCUGCCGCUUAACCUGAUUGACGAGGCUGUCGUGUUAUGACGACCCCCAACAAAGGAAACAAGGCCUUGAAGGUGAAGCGGGAGCCAGGUGAGAAUGGGACCAGCUUGACAGAUGAGGAGCUGGUGACCAUGUCUGUGCGGGAGCUGAACCAGCAUCUGCGGGGCCUGUCGAAGGAGGAGAUCAUCCAGCUGAAGCAGCGUCGGCGCACGCUGAAGAACCGGGGCUACGCGGCCAGCUGCAGAGUCAAGCGCGUUACCCAGAAGGAGGAACUGGAGAAGCAGAAGGCAGAGCUGCAGCAAGAAGUGGAGAAGCUGGCCUCCGAGAACGCCAGCAUGAAAAUGGAACUCGAUGCCCUCCGCUCCAAAUACGAGGCUCUCCAGAACUUCGCCAGAACCGUGGCCCGGAGCCCCGUGACCCCCGCGCGGGGGCCUCUCACCUCCAGUAUGGGGCCCCUUGUCCCUGGCAAGGUUGCUACUACUAGUGUCAUCACGAUAGUGAAAUCCAAAACGGACGCCCGGUCUUAGUGAAGCGAGUGUUGCCUGAGCUUGUCUGUGCAGGGCAAUUAGGCACAAAACCAGCCUGGAAUCCCCAAAGCACAAACCCUCCCCACAUGGGUCCGGGUUCCUUCUACUUGGCCCAGGACUGGCCUGCUGAUCACUCCAGUUUUGUUUUGUUGUGUCCAGAUUGGUAUGAGCAGUGGUGAUGCGUCCCGUGUCCUGUGCAGACAGAGCCUCCCACCCAGCGGUCUGUAGCCCUCGGGCGCCCUUGGGACAGACUGCGAGAUCUUGGUUUUCCAGCCAAAGAAAGUCUGUGCGGCGUGGCCGACGGCAGGGCCGAGGGUAGCUCUGGAGGGAGGUUUUCUUCCUGGGGGCCGGGAACCCUAGUUUUCGGUCACUUCCAAAGGCUUUAUUUCAUUACUCUUCCAGGUGGUGCAUCUCGGCGCCUGACUGCCAGGCGCCUGAACCUGCUGCUUUUGUCUCCUUUGGUACCCAUAGUCGCAGUUGGGGUGUUCUGUGUAAUAGGUUUUUAUUCCUUUCUAGGUGUGCCUCUGUGCCCUAACAGUGGGUUUCCUUCAGACGUCCGUUGCGUUAGCCGUGUAAACUAGCAGUGGUGGGAAGGAAGAUGCUGCCGUGCCCCGCUGCCUCAGCCCCGGCGGGGGGGAAGGAGCCGGGACAGGGCCCAGCACCCCUGGGGAGGGAGGGACGGUACCGUGUUGACUGCAGGCCGGUUUUGUGCCUAAUGCGUUGCACUGAACAAGACCAAAAUCACUAGUUGUUCCCGUGUUUUGAGGGUAUCAAGUGUCUCUAGUGUGAUGGUUUACACGACCAGUUAAAUAGCCCUUUAUUUAAAGAGAGAAACAUCAUUUUAAGAGUUAUUAAAUUAUCUAAGUUUAAAAUUAAAAUCAGACAGAAGAGAGAGCGUAUUUAUAGUCAGCUUUUUUAUCUGAGAGGGCGAGAAUAUUUGACCAUGUGAAUGGGGAAAUAUUCUCGGAGACUUUGCUAGUUAAAAGUUAAUAAAUAAAUAAUUUUAAAGUUUCUCAUGAACCUCCCGCAAACUGUUUGUGGCUCUGAGGUUAGUUUUUAUAAAGAGUUAUCAGACUUUAUUUAUAAAACUUAGAAAAAGACAAAAAAAGAGGCAAGUCCUGUUUGAUAUCUUUUUGCAAUUGUACCAAAAGUGACUUAUUCUCGACCUUGCUGGCUUCCGUUGUGUCCCCUCGUGUUGCGCUCUCUGUGCUCUCGGAGCUCUCGCGUGGCGCUGUGGUGUGGUGGUGCCAGUGGCUGCCUUUGCCGUCUGCUGUCGUUUCACGCUGCCGUCGUUUUCCUUAAGCUCAACGGAGAGAUUGAGCUGGAAUCUCUCCCAGGUUCUCCAGAAGGAUUCUGGCACAUGGGCAAAGGUGCUGCUGUUCUUGAAGGCAAAAACGAAUGGCUGGUACAACUAGGUAGUGACGCCUGCCCAGAAAGUGCUUCUCUGCAGAGGCAUGCUGCAGGAGCUCGGGCUUCUUGCCGAGCAGCCGACACCGGGUAGCUCGGUUACCUGAAUGGGGAAAACCUUGCGCUUUCCUUCCAGCAAAGCUGGUAGAGAAGUAACACAAGGGAGAAUUGUCCAGGUUUCGGGGGAGACCGAUGGGAUUUGACUCUGGAAUUGGAUCCUGUGGUCAGAAGUUGUGUUGCUCAUCUGACAAGAGGGGCAAUCUGCCUGCCUUCUGGGCAGUGCGGGACCAGCGCUAGUCCCGAGUGUCUGCAUAUUACUGAAAAUUAGGCUGUGGCAUGGUUGCUGUCUUUCCUGGUGCAGCUUCUGUCUGUGGGUGUUGGAAGAGUGCUUAGACUUACAGCUGUGCGACACAGCUGAGAAGCUAUUUGUGGCCAGGCUCCAUUUCCACAAACGCUUUGAUCCCCCUCUCCCCUCCCCACAGAUUUGAGCUGAUUACUGAGUUGUUUUAGAGAAGCAGGAUGUGGGGGUGAAGUCCAUGUGAUCUCCUGGCUGCUGAAAGUCUCCUGAGCGGAAGGGACGGUCCAGGAUGGCACAAGUGAAACUGCAAUCUUGUGGAGAGGCACGGUUUGCCAUACUGGGUGGGUUUUGGUGAUGUGUUUCUCACAUAGCUGAGCAGAUACUGCUGUCCUCGGGGCUGAGAAGCAGGUAAACCUGAUGAAAGCCGCAAUGUGGCGGGAGAGGAUCAGACAGUUGGUGGGGAUUUCCUGCUGGAGGGGGAGAUCAGCUUUGCUCUGGUUGGUUGGGAGUUUAGGUAGAAGCUGUUUGGGAUGGUUUUCUCAGUGAACUUCCUGGAUGAGGAGUGGGUUAGAACAUUGCCUCCAGGCUUCCCCCUCCCAUCCCUGGGCUUUCUCUUCUCUGAGCUGAAGUGUCUGACAUGCCACUUCCCAGCUGUUCACUGGAUGGGCUACGCACUGAGCAGUGCUCGGCACCGAGCUCUGGGCUCUAACCUUUGUCUUCCAACUGGUGAUGUGGUGCCUGGAAGAGGUGAGAUUUCCCAAAAACACGGAGUGCUCCAGUUGGCCUGGGCUGUUGGUCCCAACCUGUCCCUCCUGGAGCCAGCCUGAGAUCGAACCCAGCUGGAGGCCUGACCUCAGCAGGGUGAGCAGCCUGGGCUUUGUGGCUAGGAUUGGUUAGGAACUGAGCUCUGGGGGCUGGAGGCUGCGGUGUGAGGAGGGCCCCAUCAACAGAGCAGGCGAUGAUGGGCGAUCCUGCAGCCAUGGUGUGCUUGCUUCCAUUGUGCUCUGCAGCAAGGAACGUCCGGGCCCUUCCCUGCCUGCUGGGUGGCAGCUGCACUGCUUUGGAGUGAGACUGUGAGUUAGGGGGACAGAGCAGGCGGCAGCACCGACUCCACCAGACGUUAACGCUGUUGUUUCUCCUCCCUCGUGCUCUGCUUGCUGGCUUGUGGCCCCAGCCUGCUCCGAGUGGCCCAGCGUGUUUGAUGAGGACGGGUCGCGUAGGGGGGGAGCAGGGGCAAAGCCAUGGCUGCAGGGUGCCUGUGUGGCAGACGCGCUCUGCGGGCGCUGGGCUGGAUGUCAGCGGGGCCGUGGUCCCCUCGUGAGCGCUGCUUCCUUGUGCUAGCGCGUUGGUUUUGGUUUUGUUCUCAGUGAAGUGCUGGACCCCGAGUGAUGUAUUUCUGCCGUGUCCAAGGAGUCUCCCGUCCCGUCCCGGGGACCCGGUCCCCUGCCAGCUGGCUGCCCGUGCCCGCGCGAGGUGGCCCUGCCCGAGCCGUCACGCUGACUCUCUCUCGUGUAUAGCGUUCUGGAGUGUGACAGUUCUUGUUCCUGAGGUGCUCGUCCGUUUGGUUUCCUGCUGUGAAGGGUGUCGUGUUUCCUUUCUCCUUUUCCCGGUGCCGUCGCGCUGGGGCGGGGGCCCUGCGGCGGAGCGACCCCGUGGAGCGGCCCCCGCCGCCGGUUUGUGUAUCUUGUGGUGAAUUGUGUAAAGUGACCCCCGCCUUGCGCAGCCUCGGCGGGCAUCGCUCCCCGACAGGGCCGGGGCGGCUGGACGAGGGGAAUGGUCCCGCGCCCCCGCCCGGCUCCUUCCCCGCCGCCCCCGGCCCGGGUCUCCCGGCGGCCUGAGGCCGCGGCCCGCCCCGCCCGGGGCUCCGGGGCUGGGCGCGGCGGGCGGCGGUAUUUAUUGCUAAGUUAUUGCCGGGGCGGCGGGCGGGCGUUAUUUAUUGCUGUACAGAGUGUCCGUCCGCGGCCGCCGCUGUUUUGUACGUGACAAUAAACCGCUUUCAAACAGC